AUGGGAUCAAGAUCAAGAGAAACUACUCCAGCAAAAGAGGAUUUGGAUUUUAUAGUUGAUGAUGGUUACAAACAUGAUGAGGAUCCAGAUUAUGUUCCAAAUGAAAAAUUUGUUCUUAAAGGACCAGAAUUCAAAAGAUUAACUAGAAGUGCUAAAAAGCUUGGUGCUGAAUCACUUGAUUAUUCAACCCGAAAAAAUAAUAAGUAUAUGGCUACACUUCCAAGUGGAAGGAAAGUUCACUUUGGAUCGCCAAAAUAUCCAGACUAUACUAUUCACAAAGAUAAAGAGCGAAGAGAUAAAUAUCUAUCUCGUGCGACAAAGAUAAAAAACAAACAGGGAGAAUUAACCCAUAAUAAUCCAGAAUCGAGUAAUUUCUGGUCAACAAGACUUCUUUGGGGUGGAGGUAGUCAAAAAAAAUAAAAUUGAUUUAAAAAUAAUAAAAUAAUAUAAUAAAAUGAGUUCUUCAAAUAGUGAUUUUGAUUUUGGAAAUAAACCAAUCAGGGGUAUUAGGGAUCCUAAAUAUAUAGGAAGUUAUAAGUUUGUUAAUAUUAAUUGUGAUCAAAUUAUUAAUACGGGUGGUGAAGAAUUCGACAUUAUAAAAGAGCAAGAAGAGCAAGAAGAGGAUGAAUUAAAAAAACUUUUAAAAGAAAUUUCAGAAAGAUUAAAUAAACUAGAAGAAGUAAUUACAAAUAAAUAAAAUUGAUUUUUUAAAUAAAGUUUAAAGAUUAAAUAAUUAUAAUUAAAAAUGCAGUUGUCAAGUUACGAAAAUGUUACCCAAGAGAAUAUCUUAUUUAAAGAAGCCAAAGAGUACAAAGUCAAAGAUAGCAAGAUUAAAUAUAAACGAAUUCCAAUUGAAGUCAAAUAUCCAAAUGGAAAGAAAGGAGCACUAGUAUUAGAAUCUCCAGUUCUUUUCAGUUUUGGUGUUAGUGAAAAGAAAAAUCAAGAAACAAACAAGUUAGUAGGUUAUAGUAUUCCAGUAUGUCUUUGGGCUCGCGAUAGUGAGCCAAAUAAUAAAGAAAAAGCAUUUUUUGAUGUUAUUAAUAAUGUAGUAACUCUAUCUCAGCAACAUUUAGAGAAUGAAUAUGGAUCAGAUUUAGCGUCAAGUUUGUCUUCACCAUUUUACUACAAACAAAUAGAAUAUACAGACAAGAAAGGAAAAAAGAGAACAAAAGUUGAUGAAUCAUCAGCACCAGUUCUUUACGCAAAACUUAUUUAUUCAGAAAAAUCAAAGAAAAUAUUAUCUUUGUUUAAGGGAAAGGGAUGUCGCGGUUUAAAUCCUUUUAAAUAUAUCAAUCAGUACUGUAAUGUUAAAUUAGCAUUAAUAAUUGAAGGAAUAUUUAUAAGUAAAACUGUUACAUCUUUACAAAUAAAAGUACAUGAGUGUUAUGUCAAACCAUUAAAACCAAGAGAGGCUUUACUAACAAUUGAAGAGGAAGAUAGUGAUAGUAUUAGUGAUAGUGAUAGUGAAGAGAUAACUGAUCAAGUAGUUGAUGACUUACUUUUAUCUGAUGAAGAAGAAACUAAGUAA